GUUCCACUGGUAGGCUCUUUGUUGAGAGUUUGAUUACAUUAACUGAGAUGAAGACAACCUUGCUAUUAAUUUUACUUGGUUUGGCCAAGUUUGCUUCAAGUGAAUACACGAUCCUCAACGGGAAACACCUGAUUGUUGGAGUGCAGGAUGCUGAACUUCACCUUAAUGUGGAGAGAAAUAUUUCCGGUCACAUCACCAAGAUCGAUGGAGUGGCGUUUAGGACUCUUGUAGAUUUCGCUAAUCGCUAUAACUUCACGUACUCAAUUCUACAGGUCAACGAUACGCGAUUAGAGAAGCAAAGCAAAGCGCUCCCCGGUCUGGCUUACUAUCUUCAAAAUGGAGAAUGUGAUUUGAUCAUUGGGUCCUUGGUGAUGACGCCUGACCGGUACGCAUUGAUGGAUUUCGCGGAAGGAUACGCCUAUUCAUCCGUCGUUAUUCUCAUCCCAAUGCCGGAAUCAUCAGACAAUGGAGCCGCAAUCGUUCUACCUUUUCAGUUCUCCGUUUGGAUUGGAUUGUUGAUCGUAAUUCCUCUCACGGCUGUAGCAAUCUGUUUUUCAAUUGAACCUGUCAAUCGGAUGACACAGACCGAUGAGAAUGUUACAAUUGAUCAGCCAGUAGUAAGCAACAAAAUUGGCCGUUUUGUAUUGACAACUAGAUUCGCUUUCUCUCAGAUGAUGCGCAUUCUUCUGAAUCAAGGGGCAUACUUUCCACGGAUGCGAACUGCAGCUUAUUUCGUUGUUGGAUCAUGGUGUCUGGGGGCUUUAAUAGUCGUAUGUUCCUAUAACAGUCUCUUGAUUUCUUAUAUUCUGGGAUCCAGCGCUGCUGAACCACUUGUCGACUCUCCCUUGGAACUUGCUCGCAAUUCGAAUGUCCAGCUUAUCGUUGAUAAAGGGCGCGGUGCAGAAUUAAUUCUAUUGUCUGCCAAAAUAGGACUUUACAAACAACUAGGAGAUAAGUUACGAUCCCAGUCGAAAUCCAAUUGCGCAACUCGUCAAGAGUGCAUCGACCUCGUGAAAUCAGGAUCUUAUGCGUAUAUAAAUACCAAACUUGUGGCUAUCAACUUCAUCGACGAAGAUUACAUUGCGACUGGAAAAUGUAAUCUCGCAUUGGCCCACCAGACCGAAUCCAUACCUGGAUCUUUUGCUUGGGCGCUACCCAAAAGAAGCCCUUACACCCGGCUGUUUACCAAAGGAUUCAUGGAGCUGCACGAAGCCGGACGGUUUGAAUUUUGGACUCGGGUGUAUCAGAAAAAAUAUACAAACGCCACUUAUUGUCUAAACGAGGCCCAUAAAAGGCGGGAGCAGCGCAAUCUGUCUAAAAGUAAAACCAAAAUUACCUUGAAUAACUUCUCGGGCGCAUUUUACGUCUUAGCCCUUGGCUACUUCAUUUCUUUCGUCUGUUUUGUGCGAGAAAAUAUUUGUUUUAGACUCAAUAGAUAUAAUCAAAGGCAAAAGAAAAACAACGUCAGACGGAAAGCGCUUACUCCAAAAGCAACGGAUAACCAUCCUCCUGAACGAGGACACAAGUUGGCGCCCAAGAUUUUCGCUUUUAGAUUCGUGCUGUCUGAACACAAAGAAAGGGUUUUGACUUAAAGGAAUCAUAAUGGUUGCAAUGAGGGCGAAAAACGGAGUGGAAAAUGUGUACGAUUACUAGUGAAUGUUGUUACCAUAUACCUGUA